AUGGUGAAGAUUGCAUUUGGCCGCCUUGGAGGCUCCUUCAGCGUUGGCUCCAUCAAGGCCUACCUCUUUGAGUUCAUCGCUACCCUUCUCUUCGUUUUUGCUGGUGUUGGCUCUGCCAUCGCUUUCAGCAAGCUUGCGCCAGAGGCAACACUAGACCCACCUGGCUUGGUCGCCGUCGCAGUGGCACAUGCCUUCACCUUGCUUGUGGGAGUCUCAGUUGCGGCCAACAUCUCAGGAGGCCACUUGAAUCUAGCAGUCACCUUCGCAUUGGCCGUCAGCGGCAACAUAACCAUCCUAACUGGCUUCUUCUACUGGAUCGCCCAAUGUCUUGGCUCCAGCGCCGCCUGCUUUCUCCUCCAAAUCGUCUCUGGUGGCAUGAGCAUCCCAACCCAUGGAGUUGCAACAUGGAUGAAUGAGAUCCAAGGGCUAGUGAUGGAGAUCGUGAUCACCUUUGGGCUCGUGUACACGGUCUACGCCACGGCCGCGGACCCCAAGAAGGGAUCCCUCGGGACCAUUGCGCCCAUAGAAAUUGGAUUCAUCGUGGGAGCCAACAUUCUGGCCGCCGGCCCAUUCAGCGGUGGAUCUACGAACUCGACCCGAUCGUUCGGCCCAGCUGUCGUCGUCGAAAACUUCGCUGGAAACUGGGUCUACUGGGCCGACCCUCUAAUCAGAGGUGGAUUGGCUGGGCUAAUCUACAGAGACAUUUUCAUUGGGUGCCACACCCCAGUCGCAACUUCCGACAUCUAUGCUUAAGAAAAAGAAGAAGAAAAAGAUGGUAUUUGGGGCUUUUUUGCUUGGGCAUGUAACAUGUUUUGGGGCUUUUGUUGUUGGAUUUUGGUUUGGGCCUGUGUUUGGGUAUGGGCCAAUUUGGGAAGGGGCUUGCGUUGGAAUAAGGAAGUCUAAAUUAUUCUAGGUUUGUAAAUUGUAAU